AUGGCGUCAGAAACGAUAAUCCAUGGCCCAAGGAGUCUCUUUCCCGCGAAGCCCAUUAAAAUUGACCGAAUGCCCACUAUUAGCGACGACUGCGCAUCGUCACCGAAAUCGCCGCUCGAGCGGCGCGGCUCGCUCGUUCCCGCUGUCUCAUUCGACCAAUCAGAGUUGUCUUUUGAUCUGGCGAGCCCAGCAAGCGAGGGAGUCGAAUCCACGUGGCACUUCCGUAGCUCGAGUAAUACUUUCCAGCCAUCUUCAGAGACGGCGAUACCCGCGCAGGCGCCCGCGCAUCACGGCGCUCCGCCGAGCCAUUCCCCCUCCCCGUCAUUCGCGGCUAAUCUCUUCUCCGCCGCUUCGCGAACCGUGCGUGAACUGCUGUCUGGGGAACCGGCGAGUAAUAUCAGCGGCGCUGAUGCUACUACAGACCCUCGCUCGGUUGCCACCGCCGCUUCAGCAUUGUCGCCGCUAACGACGCGAGAGGCCAUCGCCAGUGCUGUCGAAAGCGGUAACAGCAGCAAUGGCGAAAAGCCUCCGACGGAACGAGGAUCAGCGCAAGGCCGCUCGGCCGGAAGGCGAAGCUCGCAAACGGCAGGAAUAUGGCGGUUCGAACGAGGGUCGGCGGAACCAGGCUCGGAAACAGCAGCGGGGAAGCCCGCGACGGUUCCGGAGGGUGCUGCGCUCAGGCAGCGCAGCUUGCGAUGGAGCGCGGGGACGGCGCAGCAGCGGAGAGGAGAGACUUGCUUGGUUGGCGGCGGAAUACAUGCCGAAUGCGACCCGAAGUUUCAUCAAGAGGACGUGUGCGACAGGGAGGGAAGGAUUAGGGUUCCGACGACGACGCGUGCUACCGCGACGAGCAGGGGUGACGACGCGGGUGGCGCGGGUAACCAGAUCGUAACUGGAGUUGACGAUUCUGAUCGCAAUGCUGGCGGAUGUGAUACUAAUGAAAGGAGGGACGGGAGCAGCACGAUUAACGUCGAUGCUUUUGGAAGCGGGCAGUACGGCAGCGUUCGGAAAUGUUUGGAGAUUGAGACAUCGCGGGUGUACGCGUGCAAGACAAUAAAGAAGAAUCAGAUAAAAGUUUCGGAAGCUGCGGAUGACAUCAGGCGGGAAGUGGCGAGCAUGUUCCUGGCACGUGGCCAUCCUCAUAUAGUCACACUCCAUGACACGAUUGAAGACAGAAGGGCGGUUCACCUUGUCAUGGAGCUAUGCAGAGGAGGAGACCUCUUCGAUAGAAUCACAACUCUCGGGCCGUAUUCCGAGCCAUCCGGAGCCAAGCUCUGCCAAGCCCUCACGCACGCCGUGCUACACUGCCAUUCAAACGGAAUUGUACACCGCGACAUCAAACCUGAAAACAUCCUCCUUAUGAACGCUUCAGACGACGCAAAUAUAAAGCUUGCGGACUUCGGAGCAGCGGCUUUUGUGACAGAAGGGGAGAUGAUAACAGAUGUGGUGGGGACACCUGAGUACAUGGCACCUGAAAUGUGGGGAGCAGUUUUUGAUGCUUCCAGUAAGCUUGUCUCUACGCCACGGGAGCAUGAAGUGAAAUACAAUUCGGCAGUGGAUGUGUGGAGCAUGGGUGUAGUCAUGUAUGUGGCAAUGAGUGGUGUACCGCCUUUCUGGGCUACAGCAGAGCGCACGGUAGCUGAAGCAGUGCUUACACGGCCGGUGGUUUUCCGGCCGGCCAAGUGGGGAGGGGUCUCGGAGGAAUGCAAGGAGCUUAUAGCGAGGAUGCUGGAGAAAGAUUGGAGGAAGCGCAUCACUCCUGUAGAAAUCCUUGAGCAUCCAUGGAUUCUGAAGCAGGUGCACAGGCGCCGAUGA